GGCUUAGCGGCCGCCAGGUGGGUCCUGUCGGGGUCGCCGCUCACUCCAGCUCGUUCUGCACCGCCGCGCAGCUCGGUCUGGCACCAUGACCGUCACCCGGCUCGACCAGGGGCAGCGCUACCGCCCGCGGAUGGCCUUCCUGAAAAAGAUUGAAGCGCUCAUGAUGGAGAUGCAGAAUCCAGACAAGGGCAUCAAGACACAGACGCAGACAGUGAUGGUCACAGACAUCCCACAUGCUGUGACAGGUAAUGAUAUAUUGCAGUGGAUCCUUCAGCGCCUGCAGGUCACUCAGGAAGAGGCACUUCACCUGGGGGACCUGUUUGUCAAAUAUGGAUACAUCUACCCUCUUCAGGAGCCAAAGAAUCUCACCCUUAAGCCAGAUGGCAGCCUGUACAGGUUUCAAACCCCUUACUUCUGGCCGGUGCAGGGCUGGCCUGCUGAUGACACAGACUAUGCUAUUUACCUAGCAAAGAAGAACAUUAAGAGGAAAGGGAUUUUGGAAGAAUAUGAAAAGGAACAUUACAACAUGCUCAAUCAAAAAAUAAACUACAAGUGGGAUUUUGUCAUUAUGCAGGCCAAAGAGCAGUACAAGGCAGGGAAGGAGCGAAAGAAAGCGGACAGGUAUGCCCUGGACUGCCAGGAGAGAGCCUACUGGCUUGUCAACAGAACUCCUCCUGGCAUGCUGGACGUCCUGGAGUACGGAGUGGACCGCGUAACGGAUCCCAAUGAAAAUAAGGUAAACCAGAAAAAAACAAUGGAGGUCUAUAGGAGAGAGAUCAUGUACUAUCAGCAGUCCAUCAUGAAGUCCAGAGUGAAAUCUUCUGUCUCUCUUGGAGGGCUUGUGAAGUACUCUGAGCAGUUCCUCUCCAGUGAUCCUAUCCUGUCUGGAUGUCUCCCCAGCAACCCCUGGAUUACAGAUGACCCUGACUUCUGGGAUUUCAAUGCAAAGCUGGUGGAAAUCCCCACCAGAAUGCGGGUGGAGCGGUGGGCCUUCAACUUCAGCGAGCUGAUCCGGGACCCCAAAGGGAGGCAGAACUUCCAGCUCUUCCUGAAGAAGGAGUUCAGUGGAGAGAAUCUGAGCUUCUGGGAAGCCUGUGAGGACCUCAAGUAUGGAGACCAAUCCAAGGUCAAAGAAAAAGCAGAAGAAAUUUACAAGCUCUUCCUGGCUCCAGGGGCAAGGCGCUGGAUUAACAUUGAUGGCACAACAAUGGGCAUCACUGUCAAAGGCCUCAAGCACCCUCAUCGUUACGUUUUAGAUGCUGCUCAGACCCACAUUUACAUGCUGAUGAAAAAGGACUCCUAUGGCCGCUAUUUAAAGUCUCCAAUAUACAAGGAAAUGUUGGCCAAGGCUAUUGUGCCUCAAGAGACUGUCAAAAAAAGCUCCGGUUUGUUUGGACGCCGUCACCUCCGCUCCAGCCCCAGCCCCAUCAUCCUGAGGCAGCAGGAGGAAGAGGCCAAAGCUAAAGAAGCUGCCACGACCGUGGACAUCACUCAGGUCAUGAGCAAGCUGGAUCGCAGGAGCCAGCUCAAGCAGGACCCUCCCAAGUAGGCUCUGAGCCCUGCAGGGCAAAGACAAGCCGAGGCUGGUGUUGAGCUUCGUCUCCCCUUCCUGAAGGUGUCAGUGCUGCUUUAGCUUUCCCGGGCCGGCUCUGCCACCAGCCUGUUUCCUGCACGUUGCCAUGGCUUCUGGAGCAGCAGAUGUCACUUCCCAAGCAUGUCAGUGCUGGUGGAGCCAGGCUGCUGGCUGUGCCGGACUCGGAGUACAGGGUCCUGGCUCCCUCCUUUCACAUCUCAAAGGGGAGAUGCCUUCUGGCUGCCUCGAGGAGGAGAAGGAGGUUGUGCAGCCCAGCUGCCUCUCCCUGCCUCCUGCUCCUCUGGGAGGUGGAAUGGCAUAAGGCAGAGUAAAGCUUUGCCAUCUCAGUCCUCUGGGUUCAAAUUAUCCUUCCUGGUGGGAGCAGAGGUAAAUGACCCUGCAGGGAGCAGGGUGAGGUGGCCUACCUCAGAGCGUGCCCAUGCUGGUGUCCACCCUCUCAGGGGGAUGUGGACCUUGCUAAGGGAUGCACCCUGGGCACCCUCUGAGGACUGUAGCCUCUCUUCAGGUAUCCUGCCCCUCCUAGCCAGUGCAACAGGCAGAAGAUUGGGGUAGACUCGUGAGAACAGUAGGAUGAGCAUUUCUGAAGGCUUAAGUUGACCUUUUGAAUUUUAAUGAUGCUCCCAACUCCCCCCUCCCUAGUGAGCUGGAGAUGUUCAGUUGGAAAGCUCAGCUCCUUCCCCAUGACUUCCCUGCACAAUGACCUUGGUGUGCACGUGUGGAGAGCCUGCAGGAGGGCUGGAGAGCUGCAGCCAUGGCUUUGUGUUUCUUUUAUCAAAUCCUACCUCUUGUCUUGUCUUUUUCCUGCUCUUCUAUUUUCUGUUGCUAAAAACCCCAGCAGGAGGCAGUGCCAGUUGUCCCUGACUUGUAGCCUAGAGGCAGAGAAGAAGCAGGGUAGAGCUGUUAAGAGCUGGCUUCAACUUUAGGUAGUGGGUUGCCCUUUAGAAUGAGGUAACCAGAAAUAGUGCUAAAGAGUACAGGGAGAUUCCAGGCUUUGCUGGGAAACUCCAGCAUGUCUGGACCAGGGCAAUGAUUACCAGAAGUGGGAAGAUUCCUGAAAAGCCAGUGAAGGGAAUUGAGGGGGUGGAAAAGCUUCCAUGUUUGUUCCAGUGUAGGGGAAGCAGAGGGACUGGGUGGGAAGCACUGAGUUCUGGAGAAGCUUCCUCACUCUGGUUCAUGUUGCCCAUCCAUUUUUACCACUGAUUUUACAGGAAAUGGGAGGUGGGGAAAGCUGGAUGUGAGUGGGAGCCCUCAGGUACCAGGGAAGUACCUCCCCUUGUGAA